CUUUCAUUUAGUAAUGUCUCUCUCCCUGUCUCUCUCUCCCUCUCUCUCUCUGUCUCUCUCUCUCUUUUUCUUAUCUACAGUGAAUACAGACUCCACUGAGUGCAUUGUCAGUCUCAUGUGCACUAUCCUCAACUGUGGCUUCAUCAGCCACUAGACUCUUCCUCUAAGCUUCCCUCGUACAUUCAUUACUUGUCUAAUCUCUUUAUCUCUUUCUUUACCACUAGUUCAGACAAACAAUGCCUUACCUUUACUGUUCUACACUAUUGUCACAAACCCCACAAAUGUGUCUCUUCUGCUCUUAAAAUUCAAACGAGGCCAACACUGCAUACCUGAGAGCGAAAUUUGGGGUUUGUUCUGAAAUGGGUUUGAGCAGGUAUUCAUGGGUGGUUUUGCUUUGUUGGGUAUUUUUACUUUUAUGUUUAAGAAGUGGAUGUGAUGGUUCAGAGGUGUCUGUGAACUUCUUGACGGCUCCUCUUGCAUUCUCACGGCUGAACUCAGCCACAUUUGUGUUUGAAGUUUUGGUGGGUGGGAAUAAUGAUCCCUGCAAUGACUGCAUAUUCAAUUGCAAGUUGGAUAAUGGUACUCCUUCGGAUUGUCAAGCAAAGAAAGUUUCUUACACAGGCUUACUGGAUGGGAAUCAUACAUUUGAGGUCUGCACCAAUGGAUCUCAAGGAGUUGGCUGUGCUAGCUAUGGCUGGACUGUUGACACAGUCCCUCCUACAGCAUAUGUUACAGCAUCGACAUCAUUUACAAAUGCUCUAAACUUUUCUGUAAAUAUUUCUUUUAGUGAACCCUGUACAGUUGGAGGCAGUUUUGGAUGUUCCUCUGUGAAUGCCUGCAACCUUCUUGUAUAUGGUGCUGGCCAAGUUAUACCAUCCACAUUCAACGUUCUUCAGCCAAACCUCAAGUUUUCUGUUCUUGUGGGUUUAUCUUAUAGUGUUCCGUAUGGACGGGUGAUACUGGUAAUGGACAAGAGUUUCUGUGCUGACAGUGCCAGAAACAAAUUUAUGAGAACAGAAAAUUCAAGCUUACUCGUGCAUUUUGACAUAAGAAGUGUGUUUGUCAACCUGAGGACUCAUGUUCCCGAAAAGCUACUUGAACUUAACAGUGAAACUAGAACAGUGCAAGCAACUAAUAAUUAUAAGAAUUUAAAGGUGUAUUUAUAUUUCUCAGAACCUGUUCUCAACUCAUCAACAGAAGUUUUGAGUUCUCUCAAUACAAGCCAGGGUGUGCUUCUUCCUAAUGGUGGAAGGAGCCUUGGAAAUCGCAGAUUUGGCUUUCUGGUUGAGAAUGUAUCAAGUGUUGCUAUAGUCACAAUAAGCUUUGAUUCCUCUGCUAUCAUAAGCAGACAAGGGACCCCAGUUUCUCCAAUUGCUCCAGUUACUUUUCUUUAUGAUUCUCAGAGACCUAUUGUGAGGUUGAGUACAACAUCCAAUAUGCGAACAAGAGAACAUACUAUCCCGAUAUUGAUAAAGUUCUUGAAGCCUGUUUUUGGUUUCAACUCUUCUCAUAUAUCAAUCUCAGGAGGACAAUUGCAGAGCUUUAAUGCAAUAAGUAGAAGCAUAUAUACUGCAGAGAUAAAAGCAGAUCAUGAUGUUGUAUCCGUCAAUGUACCGGAAAACAUAACAGGGGAUGUUGCUGGAAACCAAAAUCUAGCAUCAAAUAUCCUACAAGUGAGGCACUAUUCUGUGCCAAUAACGUCUUGUGUAAUUUCCACCUUUACAACUGCUUCUUUUGUGGCAACAUCCUUGGCUGCGGGGUGGCUCACUGUUUCAACUGCAAGCCUUCAAUCUGUUGGGGCAUUUUUGAGACCACGUUCUUAUUUGGUGUCUGAUCCUGCAAGGAAUCUUUUUAGAAUUGCAUCCCACAUUCAGGUUUUUGCACUGUCUAGAUGGUUGCCAGUUACCCUGCCAGUCGAGUACUACGAGUUUGCCAGGGGAAUACAGUGGAGUAUCCCCUACUUCAGUCUCCCAUGGGAAACCGGGCACAUUCAUCCCAUUAUGGUGGGGUCAAGCUCCCCCACUCUCUCACAUUUAUAUGCUUCUAGAAUUCAUGAUUCAGGAUUUUUUGAGACUGUGCAACCAGAAGAAGAUAAUUUGGAUAGGGCUGCUUCUGUAUAUGGGCUCCCACUGACUCCAAUGGAAUACAGAACAUUUUUUGAGAACCAUAACUUUAAACCAGAAGCUGAGUAUAUUUCGGAUCCACAAAAUUCAAAUGGGCGGAGGGAUUUCAAUAGAAGCAUGUUCUGGUUAGCUGUAAUUGGUGGCAGCUUGAUACUAUUGCAUGCUUUACUCGUCCUUGUUUUGAAAAUCAGGAAGAAAAGCUCAGAAAAACAGGGGAGUUAUGGAGCACUCGUAUUCCCAAGAUUUGAAAUAUUUCUGAUAAUUCUCGUGUUACCUUGUAUCUGUGAAGCAUCAGCCUCUCUAGUUAAAGGAGGAACAACUUCAGCAGUUGUAGUUGGCAUUCUGCUGUUUGGUGUUGUAGCUUUUGUACUGCUAGCCUUAUUCUUGUUCCUUUCGGUUGGAAUAUCAUUUGGGAAGCUGCUUCUGUACAAGGAAGUCCAUCGAGAAGGUCAGCAAUUUCACUGGUAUCAAGAUAUUGUUCGAGUGACUCUGGGCCCUGGUAAAAGAGGUCAGUGGACAUGGAAGAACCAGUCAAAUUCUGUUUAUUUAACCAUGUUUGGCCCUCUGUUUGAAGAUCUAAGAGGUCCUCCAAAAUACAUGCUCUCACAAAUAGCUGGUGGCAAUUCACGUAAGCCCAGUGAUCAUAUCAUUGCCUCGGAUGAUGAGACAGAAGAUGCAGAAGCACCUUUUAUUCAGAGGGUUUUUGGAAUUCUCAGAAUAUAUUAUACACUGCUUGAAUCCAUGAAACGAGUUACUCUUGGGAUUGUGGCUGGUGCCUAUUCAGAGCAGUGGUAUUCAAAAGCUCCAAUAAUUUUCUUACUUUGCAUCACUUCUUUCCAGCUUUUCUUCCUCGUUCUUAAGAAGCCUUUCAUCAAGAAAAAGGUUCAACUAGUUGAGAUCAUCUCAGUUUCCACUGAAGUGGCUAUUUUUGCUUCUUGUUUGGUUCUAUUAGAGAUGGAAUUUCCAGCAGGGGCCGAGAAAAAAAUUGCAAUAUUCAUGCUUUUACUGUUCUUGGUAGGAUAUGUGGCACAGAUGAUCAAUGAGUGGUAUGCCUUGUAUCGACAGGCAAAGCGACUGGACCCUGCAGAAAGCUCAUUCCUAUCGGGUUUGAAAACAGCUUUGAUCGGAUUUCUCCUGUUUUUCAUUCCAUUGAAAAUCAUUGAGAAACUAGGCUGGUUCCCAGUAAAUCAACCUGGUGAUGGAGAGACUGGGGAUGCUACUUCUUCAGCUGACAGGUCCAAGAGCUCUGGAAGUGGGACCGUGCGUACAUCAGAUAGGCCAUGGUUGAAACAACUAAGAGAACUGGCAAAAGCUAGCUUUAGUAAAGAAGGAAGUGGGGUUCCAACUGAUCCUUCAACCAGUCAAUCCAGAUGGAGUGCAGUUGCAACAGAUCCUUCAAGCACACAUACCAGAUGGAGUGGAUUUUGGGGUGCCAAGAGGGGUGGAAGCUCAUCUGUAAGUUCUUCACAUGAUUUAAAGUCAAAACCAAGGGAACUGUACAAAGAUCUGGAAACCAUUUUCACACCCAAGUGAAACCUUUCACAGGACAAUGAAAUCUCCAGUUCAUUCACCCUACUUCUUUAUUCAUCAAUCUUUCAGCAGCUAGUAUAAUUGGCAUCAACUACUCCUUGAAAAAUUUCAGCUGUUUUUUUUUUUUUUUCAUUUCUCUUUUGUAGGAAUUGGUGAUUGGUUUAUUAGGGUUGUAACCCAUCUGGGGUCUAUAUGAAUCCCAAUUUGUGAGUGGUUUAUUAGGGUUGCAACCCAUCUGGGGUCUAUAUGAAUCCUAACACUUAUGGCUAGUCCUAGAAGCUGAUCAUCUAGGAUUUUGGAUUGGAGUAGCUUAAAUUUAUGGAUGUAAAGCUCAGAACUCAUUCUUGUUCUGUUCUGGUUAGUCUGAAAUGAGGUAUCCUGCUAUUCAUUCUUUUC